CUACAAGAGUAACCACGGUAAAUUAUUUCACGUUUUGAGUUAGCCCCUCUAAUAUUGCACUCCAUCUUCUUGAUAUAAUUUAAACCCGAUUCUGCAAAAUCACGCCGCUUCUCGGAUCCGGGUCAAGUCCUCUUCCACUUCUAGUUCUGGAUACGUAUGAAUGGCUUGGAGAAAGGUUGCACAAAAGGGCAUUCGUGCUAAUUUGAUAAAAGCUCUUACUGCAUCAACAUCUAGGCAGGCUAUUUUGACUGCAACCACCAGAGUGACAUCGGCUUCUGGCUCUGUUAGAUGCUUUCAAGAAUCCUCCAUCAACUCAGCAUUAUGGAAUGCUGGGGAUUGCAAGUGCUUAGGAAACCGACCGUUUAUGAGGUUUUUUCAUUCUAGUCCAGAACUCUUUGCUAGAAGAGGCAACGAUGAAUUAAAUGAUUCAAAGGCUUCCAGGAAAGGGAAGUAUAGAAAAAGACCCACUUCCACUCAGCCACCUGUGGAAGCACCAUAUCUGCCACCCAGACUAAUGAGAACAUCCAAAUUGUUGCCUGAUAAAACAAUUGAUAUCUUUGAAGGCAUGACUAUUAUAGAGCUGGCAAAGCGUAGUGGUGAGUCAAUUCAUGCCUUGCAGAACAUUCUUACAAAUGUGGGGGAAAACAUUGGCUCAGAAUUUGAUUCUCUCAGCAUUGACAUUGCGGAAUUGGUUGCAAUGGAAAUUGGUGUUAAUGUCAGGAGGCUUCAUUCCUGUGAAGGUGCUGCAGUUCUUCCUCGCCCGCCAGUUGUAACUGUUAUGGGCCAUGUUGACCAUGGUAAAACUUCUCUUCUUGAUGCUCUCCGGUCAACAUCUGUUGCAGCAAGGGAAGCUGGAGGUAUAACUCAGCAUAUUGGUGCAUUUGUUGUAAAAAUGCCGUCAGGGGCAUCAAUAACAUUCCUUGACACUCCUGGUCAUGCUGCAUUUAGUGCUAUGCGAGCUAGAGGUGCGGCAAUCACAGAUUUGGUUGUGCUUGUUGUGGCUGCGGACGAUGGUGUGAUGCCUCAAACUAUUGAAGCCAUAGCUCAUGCAAAGGAUGCUAAUGUACCAAUUGUUGUUGCAAUAAAUAAAUGUGAUAAACCAGCAGCAGACCCGGAAAGAGUAAAAGUUCAGCUUGCAUCAGAAGGCUUGCCACUAGAGGAAAUGGGUGGAGAUAUUCAGGUUAUUGAGGUUUCUGCCAAAAGUAAAAGUGGACUGGAUAAUUUGGAGGAGGCAUUACUUUUGCAGGCUGAGAUGAUGGAACUGAAGGCAAGAAUUGACGGGCCUGCACAAGCUUAUGUAGUUGAGGCAAGGCUUGACAGAGGAAGAGGUCCAUUAGCCACAGCAAUAGUGAAAGCAGGGACAUUAGUCUGUGGGCAGCACAUUGUUGUAGGAGCAGAGUGGGGGAGAAUACGGGCCAUUAGAGAUACAGCAGGGAAAUUGAGAGAAGAUGCUACUCCUGCAAUGCCUGUUGAGAUUGAAGGGCUUAAAGGACUUCCAAUGGCAGGUGAUGAUAUUACUGCCGUGGAAUCUGAGGAGAGAGCUAAGAUGCUUAGUGCAGGCAGGAAAAAGAAACUAGAGAAAGAUAGGCUUCUGAAGAUUGACGAAGGGAAAGAAGUCUCUCCUGAUCCAUUGGAAGAUGUUCCUGUGAGAGUUGAAAUGCCAGUUAUAGUUAAAGCAGAUGUUCAAGGUAGCGUUCAAGCCGUGACAGAUGCAUUGAAGAGUUUAAACAGUUCCCAGGUUCUUAUUAAUGUUGUCCAUGUUGGAGUUGGACCUAUUUCUCAGUCUGAUUUGGACUUGGCACAAGCCAGUGGUGCAUGCAUAGUUGGAUUCAAUGUGCGAGGCCCAUCUGGUUGUGUCGGUACCUCUGCAACUAAAGCCGGUGUACAGAUUAAAGUUCACCGAGUGAUCUAUCAUCUUUUGGAGGACAUUGGUAGUUUAAUCGUAGAAAAGGCCCCUGGAACGUUUGAGACUGAGGUGGCAGGAGAAGGGCAAGUGUUAAACCUCUUUGAGGUUAAAGGAAGGAGUAAAGCCAAGGGAGAAGGCUUCAAGAUUGCUGGUUGUCGAGUGUUGGAUGGACAAUUUUCAAGGUCAUCAACAAUGAGGCUCCUGAGAAGCGGGGAAAUCCUAUUCGAAGGAUCUUGUGUAUCCUUGAAGCGUGAAAAGCAAGAUGUAGACACAGUAGGAAAGGGCAACGAAUGCGGACUCGUGCUUCAUGAUUGGUUAGAUUUUCAGGUCGGAGAUGUCAUCCAGUGCUUAGAGCAAGUCAAUAGGAGACCCAAGUUCAUAUCUUCAGAAAGCGGAGCCGUUCGAAUUGAAUGCUAGUAAAUUUUCAAAACCCAAACACUAAGGCAUAAUUAGACCAACAUGAGAUGCUUGCCUCUGCAUUUUGCCAAAUACAUCCUCAUAUUUUUUGGUGCUACAUUACUACAUGAAUUUCAUAUUUAGAACUCAUAGCGGACACUGUUCUAGAGAUUAACUAGUCAUAUAUUAUAUAUAUUAUAUUAAUUCUUCGAGCUGACA